AGCAAAAAAUUACACCAGGCGUAUUUGUACAGGAAUAAGACUACCAUUAUAAUUAUUAUUCAGUUUAAAAAUAACAAGUAAUAGGAGAAGAUUUAUUUUUAGUAUCGACUAAAUCUGUCAAAUUGAUUCCUGAGAACAGGUUUUUGUUUCACAUCUCACUCAUUUUUAAGUACUGUGAGGAGAAUGGAAGAACAACACAAGAAAAUCCUUCAACGAAACAGGAUCAAUCUGGUGAAAAAUUUGGAUCUAUCAAACCUCUAUGAUGCCCUUGUGGAAAAGGGAGUUUUCACCCAGGACAUGAUCGAUGAGAUACAGAGUUCUGGGACUAGACGAGACCAAGCUAGGCAGUUGGUUCGGGACUUAGAAACCCGUGGGAGUCGAGCCUUUCCGCUAUUUCUGGAGUGCCUUCAGGAGACGGGUCAGCAUGACCUGGCAAAGACAUUACAGAAUGAAUCUCCAGCGGUUCAGCUUCAGCCCGCGAAACCCGUACAAGUAGUCCGUCCUAUUGUCCAACCUCUUCCAGUUACUUCUCCAAUGGAUGUGAAUAAGCAAAGAAAAGAUGCUGCCCCUGUCCUUCCAUUAGAGAGGCCUAUCACUACUCCUAGUCCUUCACCUGAGCAGGAGUACCUAAGACCAAGACCACCAGGCAGAACACGACGCGACAGUAUUCAGAGCUAUAAAAUGGAUGCCAGCCCAUGUGGUCAUUGCCUCAUCAUAAACAAUGUGGAGUUUGACCCUCAGAGUGAGCUGAGCAACCGCAAAGGGUCCAAUAUAGACAGUGACAAGCUAGAAAGAAGAUUCAAGGCCCUCAACUUUAUUGUGGAGGUCAAGACAAACCUGAGACAAAGGCAAAUUAAACACGAACUGUCAGUUUUAUCAAAGAAAGAUCACUCACAGUAUGACUGCUGUGUGGUUAUCAUACUUUCCCAUGGGACUGAGGUUAGUCACAACCGCUUCCCUGGUGCUGUGUAUGGUGUGGAUGGGCAGCAUGUUCCAGUUCAGCUUAUCACAAACUACCUCAACGGCCAGCAUUGCCCUUCUUUACAAAGCAAACCUAAACUUUUCUUCAUUCAGGCUUGUGGAGGAGGUGAAAAAGACACAGGCUUUGAGGUGUCCCCUGAUGAGGCUCAGCCAUCUGGGGACAUCUAUAGAGCAGAUGACCAGAUGGAUGCCAUCCCAAUGUCAUCCAGCAGCGACUCUCUGAGUACUUCUGACGAAGUUGAUGCCAGAGCCUCUUUGCCCACCCCCAGUGACAUUCUGGUGUCUUACUCUACUUUCCCAGGUUACGUUUCCUGGAGAGACACCGAGUCUGGCUCUUGGUUUGUUGAGACGCUGGACCGCAUUCUUGAGGAAAACGCUGCUGCUGAUGACCUGGUCACAAUGCUGGUGAUGGUGAACAAUGAAGUUUCCCAAAAUUCUGCAAAAGGACUUUACAAGCAGAUGCCUGGUUCAUUUAACUUCCUCCGCAAACACCUCUACUUUCAAGCCCUGGCGUAAUGGAAAAAUGAAACUCUCAUGGUUCUCUACUGUACUUUAAGACAGAAAAAACAAAGACUUCAGGUCUGAUUCAGAUUGUUUUUGUAACUUGUUUUACUGAAUGAUCUCGCCUUAUUGUUUAUUUCUGACAGUCCUGUGUUUUUAUGUACUUUAGAGUACUUUAGAAGUUGAUAAAUUUUCUAAGAGAACUUUUUUGGUGUAUGUCAAUUUUGGAAAGAAAAUACAACAUUUCUGUACUGCAACAACUAUUGACUGUUUUUGUUUUUCAUUCCCACUUAGACAUUUUACUGGCAUAUUAACGAGCGCAGAGAUCAACACAGCCUAGAAGUCUAAGAUUUAAAGCUGACACAGCUCAAGUUUACCCCAAAUUAUUUUAUCUGUGCUGUAGAAGAAAGAAAAAACUGGGAAUGAACUAAAUUUCUCCCACACAGGACAGUUAAAUUAUAUGAGUGGAAAAACUUCUGUGCAUCCUUCUGUUGCUUUGUGUAGAAAUGGGUGUAAAUGGGUGUUAGGAGAGAGAUGCUGAUUACCACUAAAAGUAGAAACACAUUUUAUUCUAUGGAUUGCUAGUUUUGCACAUGAUUGUAUAAACAAACAACCCAGUACCUACAGAUAAAAAUGACCAUUUUUAAUUUAACAUUUGCAGUCAGGCAGCCUUUUCAGUGGCACCUUUGUUUUUAAUGCUUUAAAUUUCCUGUGAGAAUC